GGUCGGUAUAAGGGACAGUCAAGGUCGUACCAUAACUGGAUCUUGUUUGCUGGCAUAUUCAACUUGUUUGUGCUAAUAAAGAGAGAGGAAGUUCGCAAAUUGUGUAGUGUACAUAUGUACUAUAUAAGAAUAAUACCAUAAAGUAUUCUCUCAACUGAUUAAAAACAUCAACACUUGUGAUUGUUGCCAAAGCCUUCCAACUACGCUAUCUUUUAAUCAGUGAAGAAAUCACUUCACCGUAUUUCGAAUAUUUGGAUUGUCAGUGUAGUUUUGGUAUUAUAACUGAGAACAAUGGCAUCGAAGCUGGCAGCGAAUUUAAAUUUCCUAUUCACGGAAGGAAAAUGUAUUUCUGAGCGAAUUCGAAUGGCCCACCGCGCUGGCUUUAAAUCGGUUGAAAUACCUUUUCCGAAACAAGAACUUGAAAACGUAAUAGCCGCAAAAGAGGAGACUGGAAUACAAAUUGCUCUAAUUAACAUUGACCCAGGUGACUCUAAGUUCGGGAAUACAAGUUGGCCCCAUGCCAAAGAAAGCUUUAAAUCUCAACUCAAUGAAACAAUCAGUUUUGCUAAGGCCGUCAGCUGCAAAAAGAUUCAUUUAAUGGCAGGUCUUUCACAAGGAGAUCGAACGGAGGAAUUGAUUGCCUACAAAGAGAAUUUAAAAUAUGCAUCACAAAUUUUAGAAAAGGCGGGAAUUGUAGGCGUGAUUGAGCCAAUCAAUAAAAUCUCUCUACCAUCAUACUUCAUGAACUCAUUUGAUACAGCAAGUGACGUCAUCAGGGAAAUAAAUAGCAAACAUAUUAGAUUAAUGGUCGAUAUAUUCCACUUGCAACUUAUCAGGGGUAAUAUUACAAACGCUUUCUCCGACUUCAAAGAUAUUAUUGGACAUAUUCAAAUUGCGCAAGUACCACACCGUCAUGAACCAGAUGUUGUUGGAGAGCUGGAUUUUUCAUACAUUUUUAACUUAAUAAAAUUGUCUGGAUAUGAUGACUGGAUUGGAUGCGAAUAUACACCAAAAACUACAACAUUGGAAGGCUUAAAGUGGAUACAAAAAUACUAAGCAAUAUUAUGAGCAAAAUUUAUGUUUCAUUCUUUGACCUGUUCUUCGCUGAUGAAUUGCCGUUUUCGCCUGGAAGUUCUUCUCCCAAGGCCGACGGCCUUUAUUUAUAUAAUUAUAUUUCAUUUAAAUAAAUAAAAUACAAUUUCCAUUAUGCAUUUGCGUUGCAUUAAAAAUAAA